AUAUGAUAAUUAAUGAUUAUAAAUAAUACAUAAUUGAUAACAUUUUUCUAACCAAUCUAUUUUUUGUUUAAUUUUAUACUAUUAAAAGAAAUUAAACAAUCACAUUAAGCAUAUAAUAAAAAAUUAGAUUUUUUCUUAUAUGUUAUAUUUUGAAUUUUUAAAAACGACUAUAAAUUACUAAAAAUGGUGAAAAUCUCACAUUAAAAAUUUUGUGAUCAAUGGUUUAACAUUUUUUGUUCAAACAAGAUAAAAAUAAUGAUCAUAUAUCGUAGAGGUGGGCGUUCAGAUACACGUUCGGGUACAAAACCCGUUCAGGUAUUUCUACACUUCGAGUCGGUUUCGGGUAUUUUAUGUUCGGGUUCUAAUAUUUUGGGUCGGGUUCGGAUAUUUAAAUUUUGAAAAAAAAAUUAUUCAUUGUUUAAGUUUUUUGUAUUUAAAAUAUAUUUAAUUUAUCUGAUAUUCUAGUUCUUAAAAAAUUAAACUAUUAAUAUGUUUGGAGAUAAAACUUGAAAUUUUUUAUUAUCAGGUUUGUAGAAAGACAUUGAUUUAGUUGUUAUUUUAAAAUUUUAGAUGCAAUUUUUGUUAAUGCAAAAAACAAGAGUUUGAUAUGUAUUUUAAGUAAGUAACAAAUAAUUUUGUCCAUAAUUAUAUGUAUAUUAUCUAAUUUUGAGCAAUAAACAUCAUUAAUAUAAAUAUUUUGAAUAAAAUGCGAGAAGUAAACUAUAAAUAUAGGGUUAAGUAUACUUAAGUUAUAUGUAUAUUAUCUAAUUUGUUUUGUUGUUCUAGAAUUAAAUGAUUUUUUUAGACCGAGCUGGUGAAUAUAUGCUAGACAUACAUUUAUAUUUCGAGUCUGCACUUAUAUAUAUUUUAUAUAAUAGCUUGAUAUAUUAGAAUUAAACACUAAUCUGUUAAUAUAGUUUGCCGGUGGUUUUUCUCAAAAUUUUGAUUCUUAGAUAUGUGUCUGAAGUGAAACUAAUUUUUACAGAUGUCUAUUUUUUAAAAGUGACACUUAUGUAAUUCAUAGAAGAAGUUAAACAAAAAAAAAACUUAACUCAUCUCAAUGAAACAAAGACGAGAAUGAAAACACAAUUUUAUAGAGGUAGAAAAUGAACUCACUUAUUAGAGUCAAUAGUAAACAAAUCGAGAGCAGAAAACCUAAUCUAUUUUCGUCAUUAUACAAUCGAUGUUGCCUAUUUAGUUUUGGUGAUUUGUGUGAGCCAUAAAACUUAAUUUUCUUUUGUGCAUACGAAGUCUUAAAAAUAAUUAAAAUGAGAUGAAUACGUUAACUCAUCAACAACGAUGGUAUAUUUAAGAGACCAACAUUUGUAUUCGUCAUUUUAUAAUCGAUAAACAUUGUAAUGUUGCAAAAUAUUAAAAUCAAUUAAUAAACAAAUAUUAUUAUAAAAACUCACUCCGCGCAUGCACACGGUUUAUUAUCUAGUAAUUAAUUAUUGAACUACCACUGACCCCUAAUAACUUCGUAGGUAGGCCUUGGAAUUUAAAUCAAAGCAUGCGGGGUCCGCCUCAUUUGACCCGCCACGGAGCGGGUGCGGAUCAAGCGUUUUGAAAAAAUCAAGUUGCGGGUGCGGGUGCGGAUUAAGACUAUUUUAUGUGGGGCAGAUGCGGGUUGGUGGAUUUUGAUUUGCGGAUACUCACCAACCCGCAAAAUAAAUAAAAAAUAAAAUAAAAUCUUUUUUUUGAAAAAUACAAUUUUUUUAAAAAAUAAUUAAAUUUUUAAAAAUAAUAAAAAAAAUUAUUCAUAAAUAUAUUAUUUUAUAGAAAAGCUAAUCAAUCCGCGGGUUAUCGGGGCGUGCGGGGCGGGUUGACCCGCGAACCCAUGCCUAUUUGUAGGCAACGCAACAAAUGUAAGUACAACUUGCCUGAUAAAGACUUCAUUAUUUUAUAUUAAUAAGGGUCCCUAUUAAUAAUAUCAAACAUUAUUAUUCCAAACUAAUAUCUGUAAAUACCAAAUACUCUUCAAUCAUUGUAGCAUUUUCCCCAAACUUCAUAGCUCCGUAAGAGAGAGUACAGGGCUCUUCAAUUUGUGUUUGGUUCUUUUUGUCAACAAGCUAGCGGUAUCAGGAUGGGUUUGACUGGUUUAUAACGAGAUGAUGAUUUUAUUAUAAAUUUUAUUCACUUUUUUUAUAUUGUAUUAUUGUAUGAUUCUUAAUUUAUUAAUUUUUAUAUUUGUUAAAUUGUGGUCAAAUAAAUAGUUAAUGUUAUUUUGUUUAGAAUAUAUAUAAAAUUAAAAAGUUUCUUAGUUUGUGUAUACAAACCUAAAGCGUUAAGUGAUUCUGUUAUUCAAUUCUUUAUUUUGUAUAGAGAAACAAAAAUAGCAUAAUUGAUAAAUAAAAAAUUUGUUUUCUAUAGUAGAUGAGUGAAAAAAUAUAUACCUCUUUUAUUCUGCUUGGAUAUAUUUGAGUGAGAAUAAAAUUUAUAAAUUUUACUUAUACCAACAAAUAAUAUUCUCUCCAUUCCAAAAUAGAUGAUGUUUUGAAGAGUUUUUGAUGUUCCAAAAUACAUGAUGUUUUGGUAUUUUUAUAUUAAUUUUAGUGUUAUUGAAAACUAAAUAACCAAUUAUGUUUUAUAGUUAUUUUGAUUAGUGGUUAAAUUUGUUUUUGUUUAUAUUUUUAAUGAUACUUUUUAGGUAAAAGCGUAUGUCUUAAUUUUUGUGCAAUGAACCAAAAUUUCAACUAUUUUGAAACAGAGAGAGUAUUAUAUAUUUUUUUGUCAAUUAUGCUAUUAAAAAUAUUACAUAGACCAUAUUACAACCGACAAUUCUACCUGUCUUAUGAGGAUUCAGGUCUGACUGCAUCACCCCUGAGCCGCCGUAUGAUAUCCAUUCCUGACGGUACUCUUCGUGCCAUGCUAAAGAUCUCUGGUAGGCCUUUUUUCAAAUAUUUUGCAUAAUUCGUUUUUGCUGGAAAUCGAAACUUAAACUUCUUAAUGUAAAAGCAUUAAUGAACCAUUGAUCAAACUAUUGAACUAAGGAUGCUUUCACGACAAAUCACAUUAUAUCUAAACUCUCAUAUAAGUUUAAUUUAAAAUCAGUUUAUUGUUGCAAUUUGUGUAUGCAUGUUAUGCAUAUGUAACAUGAAUUGUUUUUUUAAAAGCGAGAAUCAAAGCAAAAUUUUAGAUUGAGCUCUCCAUAACAUUUUGAAAUCCAAACAAAAAAAAAACAGAAAUUAGUUUUCAACUAUUAUUAAAAUGUCAAAUAAAUAAUUUGAUGACUGGUUCUGAAACCUUGAACCGCUAGACAAAAGUUGGUUAAUAAUAAAAGGGUAGUAAAGUUUGUAACCAUACACAACUCUGCCUUAUUCCCAAGAUAAUUAAUCCCACCCAUAUGAAGGACAUGCGACCCAUCAGUCUUUGCUCAGUCCAAUACAAGAUUGUGGCUAAGAAUUUAUGUGAUUGUUUGAAGCUUAUCCUUCCUCAGAUAGUCUUUGAGACUCAGGGAGCUUUCAUUGCAGGGAGGUCCAUCACUGACAACAUCAUCAUUGCUCAUGAGAUGAUACAUAGACUGAGAACUAACGACUCCAUUGCCAAAGAGUAUAUAGCUGUUAAAACCAACAUGUCAAAAGCUUUUGAUCGAGCAGAGUGGUCAUUUCUAAAAACUCUGAUGGAGAGAAUGGGUUUUGAUAGAACUUGGGUGAGCUGGAUCAUGUCUUGUGUCUCAACAGUGUCUUACUCUGUGCUUAUGAAUGGGUACGCCCAUGGUUUUCUCUGGCUAGAGAGGGGGAUCCGCCAAGACGAUCUAUUAUCCCCUUUCCUGUUCAUUCUUUGUGUUGAGGCGUUAGUGCAUUCACUAAACAAAUCAGAGAAUGAGAGUCGUUUACAUGGUAUCUGCAUAGCGACAAAUGCUCCAACCAUCCAUCACUUAUUGUUUGCAGAUGACAGCCUCCUGAUUUGUGGAGCUUCGAAAGAGGAAAGCACUGAGCUUAAACGGGUUCUAAAUCUAUACGAAAAGGCUUCUGGACAGACUAUUAACUACAACAAAUCAUCUAUUAUCUUCGGUUCACAAUUUGACGCUUCUACUAGGCUAGAGGUGAAAGAAGUGCUUGGAAUCGAAGGUGAGGGUGGUGAAGGAAAAUAUCUAGGUCUCCCAGAGAGUUUUAGUGGAUCCAAUCAGAAACUGCUGCAAUUUAUUCACGAGAAACUUAAAGGUCGACUUGUUCACGCAGUCUCUUUCUCAAGGAGGGAAAGAAGACCUUAAUUAUAAAAUCAGUUGCUCUUGCGCUUUCAGUAUAUGCGAUGUCAUGCUACCGCCUCUCCAAAGAUCUAUGUUCCAAACUGACUAGCGCCAUGACUGAAUUCUGGUGGAGCAGCGGCUCUAAUCGUCAUAAGUUGCCAUGGGUGGCUUGGAAGAAAUUGUGUAAACAGAAAGAUAAAGGAGGCCUUGGCUUCCAUGAAAUUGAAAUUCACAAUCAGGCUCUUCUAGGAAACCAAUCGUGGAGAAUAUGUAGUAACCCUAACUCCCUUCUCUCUCGACUUCUUCGAGCACGUUAUUUCAAAAACUCGACCUUUCUGGACUGUAACAUAGGCACUCGCCCUUCCUAUGUCUGGAAAAGCAUUCUACAUGGCCGUGAUCUGCUGAAAAAGGUAUGCUAGACGUUAUAGGAGAUGGCUUUGAUACUAAUGUCUGGUCUGCAAAUUGGAUUAUGGACUCCCUUCCAAGACCACCCAUGUAUCACCCUACAAACAAUCUCUCUUAAAGCGAGUGACUUAUUAGUGGAGCACACAAACUUCUGGAAUCUCCCUCUGCUGAGACGAACUUUCGCUGCUGACGACGUGAAUCACAUUCUCAGCAUUAAAGCUAAGCCUCACCUACGUGACUCAAAGCAAUGGGGCUUCAAUCCAUAUGGCUCCUACACGUCCCAUAGUGGCUAUCGUCUCGUAGAAUUGAUCAAUGAGCUUCAAAACCCCUCUGCUCCUAUGCCUCCUAUUGAAAAACGUCUAUGGUCUAGUCUCUAGAAGACUAAGACUUCUCUAAAGAUCCGAGACUUUCUUUGGAGGUCUUUUUCAUGCGCUCUUGCUGUUAAAGCUAACUUGAGAUCUAGAAAUUUGCAGGUAGAAGCGGCAUGUGCAGCAUGUGGUCACCGCUCUGAAACUGUAUGCGACGUACUCUUCACUUUUCCGGAAGCCCAAGACUUCUCGAACUCCCUGGAAAACCCUCUUCCUCCCACAGGGUUCUCACAAACCUUUGUUUUCCUCAACCUUCACUAUCUUACGGAAGGCGCCAAGAGCUCUAAUGCAGACUCCUCUUUACGGAGAAUGUUUUCUUGGAUUCUAUGGCACUUAUGGAAGGCAAGAAACGCUUUUCUUUUUGAACGGCAUAAACUCUCCACAGAGAGCAUCACGAGCAAAAUCAAAGAAGAUACCAAAAUCUGGUUUGCAGUCAUCCAAACUGAAACUGAAACUACAGACGCCCCAACAGCCAUCAAUGCCCAAUGGGCGAAGCCUCCACCAUGAAGUCUCAAAUGCAACUUUGGAUCCUCUUGGACGAGCAACCUUCAACACAGUGGAGCUGCAUGGGUCUUACGUAACCACAAUGGUGAUACUUUGUUACACAGCCGCAGAUCAUACUCUAGGUUGGUGUCUCCCAUUCUGUAUGACAUCCUCAGUCUUCAUUGGGCUGUUGAGAGAAUGGUUAACUUAAAGCAAACGAGGAUCAUCUUUAAAUUCUCCUUGCCAGCUCUUCGUGAUGUACUGGCCCACCCUGAUUACCAUCCAGAACUCUAUCAGCAUUUUGAAACACUGCACACUCUCCUGCAGCGCCUUGACUUUUGGUGUCUCAGACUGGCCCCUUUGCCGGCGAACAAGGCAGCAUUGGAAAUUGCAACCAGUGUUAUUAGAGACUCACGGUUUCACUCGUACGUCUCUCGGAACAGACCAUCAUAGUUACAACCCAUUCUACUACUGGAAGCAGCUGGCUAGACAUCAUUGCUUUCCAGUCUUAUUUCAUUCUCUCCUUUCAAUAAAAUCAACUCUUUUUCUCUCUGGCACUUACUGGUGAUCUGUGGCUUUUACUGUUUUUUACGAACUUAUCAUUUGGUAUGGUUGAAACUUUUUGUUUUGGAUUAUCAAUGAAUUGAUUCGGUGUUAAAUUUCUUUUGUGAUGGUAGUAUAUAUAUUUUGUAUGUAUAUGAACAAAAUCAAGAGGAAGGUUGUUUUUUUUUGUCAACUCAAGAGAAAGGUUAAGCUCUAUAAUCUGUGCAAUGAUAUAUUGUAAAAUUUGCUUUAAAUAAACUUUAUAUAUUAAUAAUUUUUUUAGUAAACCCACUACCUCAUCAUGUAUGUAUGGUAUCUUGGACAAGAAUCGGAUAACUGGUUUUUAAAAUAUUUGUGAUCAAAUUCGUUUCGUCUAACUAAUCUGAUUCGAUAUGUAGUCAAUGUUCCGGAUAUAAAUGUUUUUUUUUAGAUUUUUAACCGGAUAUCAGAUUUGAUUCGUAAAAAUAAAUAAAUAAAUAAAAAUAAAAAAAAUCUAAAAUAAUAUAAAAUAAAAUAUUUUUGUAAAAUAUCUUUUUAGUUUUUAAAAUUCUAAUAACUAAUAUAACAAAUUUAGUAAAUAAAAAUACUGUAAAACUUAUAUAAAAUAUAAUAUAUAUGCAUAUAAUGGACUGGAUCAGAUAUUUUUGGUGAGAAGCGGUAAACAGAUAUUCGACAAACAAUCGAAAUUAUUUAGACUGAGUUAUGAAAUAUUGGUCGGUUUUAGUCUUCGUAACCAUUCUAACAAAAUUAAAACUUUCGUAGAAGCUUCCUUUUUCUUGUAUCUUCAAUCAUUGACUUCCUUUGUCUUGCUUAAUUUGAUCAUCGACUUUAUUCGACGUUAUUGAUUCACAUGUCUUCCUCCGGCGUGACCCUAGUUGUGAACUAACUACAAAUAAGUAUAUGUCUUAGAAUAAAAUGUCAAUAAAAUACAUAUUUUCGAUUUCUUAGCAGAUUUCGUGUAGCAUUUCUCCUAUUAUCCGAUCCUUAUUGUUUAGAGUUUGAAAAAAAAUUAUUGAGCAAAAUUUAGAGGAACAAUGAGCUCUAAAUCUAUGCAAUGAUAUAUUAUAGAAUUAGAUUAGUUUCCUACAAAGGUUUUGUAUUGGAUCUGCCUCUUGACAAUGAUUAUAACUUCAUCAAAAUAAAUUUAAGCAACAGUAUCUUUUUUUUUUAGCAACAAGCAACAAACAGUAUAAAAUUUGAAAAAAAACGAUAAUGAAAGGAAGCCCCACAAAUCUAUUGUCGUGGAGGCGUUGUUAUAAUGUUCUUUAAGCCAUGUUCGUUUAUGAUGAUAAAUGAUGCAUCUAAAUGCAAAUGCUCAAGUUAUUCAUUUGGACAUUAUUGUAUAUGCAUCUUUUUACUGUAUAUCUAAUUACUGUAUUUGAAUGUAAUAUUUUGUAACAUCGAGAAAAUUCAAAUAUUUGAAAUGGAAAAAAUGUUGAUCUGGAAGCAAACAUCUCAAAAUUCAAAAGACUUACAUAUCAUUUAAUAUAAAUUUAAUAUUAACCAGUUUUAUGUUAAUUAUUUUACUAUUAGAUAUAAUUUUUAAUUUGUAAAAUAAAUUUUUAUUAUAAAACCGUAAAAUCAAUUUAUUGUCAAAGCCAUAACUCAUGUUUUCCCACAUAACCGGUAAAAUUGAUUUUUUUCCAAAACCGUAAAAUUAUGUUUUCCGCCAGAGUUACAAAAUCAAUUUUUUUGUCAAAACCGCAAAAUUGAUUAAUUCAUUUUAAAGCUAUAAACCACAAAAAUAAAUUUUAAUCAAAUAGUAGAAAUAUAAAAAAAAUAUUUAACCUUAAAUAUGAAAAUUAAUCAAAUAUAAUAAUAAUUUUAUUACACAUAUAGUUUUAAGCAUAUUUAUGUAAAUACAAUAACUACUUACUUACUAGUAAUAUAAAUCAUGUCUUUUUAGGCUAACUCCAAUGAGACUUUAAAACAUCAAUUUUUGUGUAAUUUAUCUUCAAUGGGACUCUAAAAAUCACACCGUAUCAGAAAUAUGGUGUUUUAUAAAUAGUGUUAAACCAAAUAUUAAACUAAUGUAUUUUAUUUAUUUUGAUUUAAUUAUAGCUAGAUUAGUAUUAUUAAUAAUUUUAAACUUAUAAUUAAAAUAUAUCAUACUAUUUUAUUUUUAUUUUAUUUUUAUACUACUAAACAUUAAAAAUGAUUUUCUUAAAAAAAAAUUGGUUAAUAAUAAAAUAAUAUAAUCUUCAGGAACUUCUUAGUGCAAGAAUACAAAAGCAGGAUUUUCAAGAAGUUCCUCUGAUGGUUUGAUUUUCUACAAAGUCUUCCUCUUGCAUCGAACUUGAAAUAUCAUCGAUUGAGAAAGGAAUGCUGCAAACAGAAAAAAAAUAUAUACCAAAGAGUUAUGAAAGAAAAACAGUCAGCUGUAUUGUAUCUCUUAAACUUCAUAAAGUUCAAUUUGACAUAAAUAAUGAAAUCUUAUAUCAGUUGUAACCCUAAAACCUUCGAAACUUCUUAAAAGUCUAUGCUUUAUACGUGUAUCAAAAUGGAGUUGUACCUGGAAUCAUCAUCCAACAAGAAAGAAACACUGUCUGCAUCAUUAGAUUCCUGUCAUGUCUGCUGCUUCGUGUGGCUUUUUUAUUUUAUUUAAGGGACUGAUAUAAUGAUAUGUGAAGAAAACAGAGCAACGCUUCUUCAUUGUCACAUGAUACAACUUUUAAAUAUUUUUUUCCGGAAGAACCACAGACAAAAGAUAAAUGAAUCUUUAAAAACCUUUUAAUAAUGAGUUAUUAAGCUGAAUCCGUGACAAAAAAAAAAAAAAAAGCUGAAUAUACAAAAGCGUUCAUCUCUCACCAUUGGUAUCUUUGUAUAAGAUGACACUUAUAGAAACAAGGAGUUAAAAUCAUAAGAGAGGCAGAUUAAACAACAGGAGUAUAUUAGAGAAACAAGGAAACAAUUUAGAUCAUUCUUUCCCAAACACAAGAUUUUCACUCACUUUAUCACAAGUUCCAAUGCUAACAUAGAGCAUAGAGCCUGUAUGAAAGUGAGAAGGAGAAGAAAAACAGCAGCAGCUGACCAAGGAUUGUGGAAAUAUAACGUCUCAGAGACUGUCCACUUGUUCCACGGCGUGUUACAAUACGCUUCUCUGAGUUGUCUCCUUCAAUAUGGUAGUGAACAGCCUCGAAAUGUCUUCUGUGAUGUCAUGUCACUGAUCUUGAUUUUGGGAAUUUGGAGGACUCCACUGGUGAAGCUUAUGUCGAGUGGGCAGGUGUAUUACUGAUCUCUAAAAAUCUGGCAGCUGAGCUUUGUAAGGUAACCGCCAAUAUCAGCACCUGAAAACUCUGGAAUCAUCAUCGGCUGUAGAUGUUUUAGAGGUCGAACCAGAGGAAACAGUAAAAGAAGUUAAGAAGAAGCAGUGCAUGCUCUGGGCCAUGCUAGGUGAAACAUUUGCAACAGGCUCCAAAAGUUUUUGAAAAAAAUUACAUACAAAUAGGUUUUAAAAAAAAAUUUAGACCCCAAAUUUAUAAAAAAAUUUUUUUACAUAAACUCAACUACGGAUUUCCAAAAUCUCAUAGCCGGCCUUGAGUGCAUGUAAUGCAACAGAGAUAGUCUGCUUAGAAAAGAGUGAAGAAAUGAGAAAUCUCACAUUGAAACACUAUAAAAGAUUUACGGAAGAUAAAAGAGUAGAGAGGGAGUUCCAGAGAAGCGAGCUCCCUAUCAGUCCUCGGUUAGAUUUGAUGUUUCGAUCGCCUAUAAAACUAUUUUAUUACAAUAAUUAUAAAAAUCUUGCGUAUAUAUACACAAUAUUUUGAAAAUUUUGUUUCAUGAACUAAAAUGUUAAGAGUUCAAAUCCUAAUAACACAAGAUUUUGAUAGAAUUAUAGAAUCACUGAAUCCCAAACUUUUGAAUAACAAUCGAUUGUAUAUGAAUAACACUUGAUUUUGAUAAGAAUGUUAGAAUCUAUUAACCAAUAACUAUAGAAUUUUAAAAUUUAUUUGGUUUUAUUUUCUUUUUUAUAGUAUUUUACUCUUACUAUGCUAGCUUUGAAAUUAUAUCAAUCGUUAUUUCCUUUUACUAUAUUGUUACAAGCAAACAAAAAAGUUGUGUGUGUUUCUUCUGUCUUGUUGCUUUCUGAUUCUUUAUUUUAAAAUAUUUGAGAGUUGGUUGUGCUUUUUCUUGGGUCUCAUUAUUCCUCUCUUGCUAGUUGCGCUUGUGGGACCUUUCUAUUACAGUCGUCAUUGUAAUUUUCUGUGAGGAAAUGUCAAGGAAGUAGGCAUACGGAGAAAACCAGCAGCCAAUCCACUUUUUUUUUUUUGCUAGUGGUUUCAUCAUUCCUACUCAAGGUUCUGUGUUCAAUGUAUACAAACAAAGCUUCUUUGUUGUUUCUUCCUCCACAAAGAUCCCUUUAAGGCUUUGUAAUACUGAUUCUCUUUCCAUCAUACUAAUUAAUGGAUUCUUCUUUUUUACUUACCAUUCUUGCUGCUGCAAUAGGGCUCUUAACCAUUCAAAGAAAACUUCGGUCCCAUCUUGAUAAUAACGAUGAAAAGGAUUCUUCUUCAUCACCUUCAUCUUCUUUGUCUCCUUCAUCAACAGUUCCUCCACCUUCUUCUCGCAUCUGGAUGCAUGAUGUUUUUCCUAGCUUCCGAGGGGAAGAUGUCCGCAAAGACUUUCUCAGUCACAUUCACAUGGAGUUUCAAAGAAAAGGAAUCACUCCAUUCGUUGACAAUGAAAUCAAAAGAGGAGAAUCUAUCGGUCCUGAGCUCGUCAGGGCGAUCAGAGGAUCUAAGAUUGCAAUUAUUUUGAUCUCUAGGAACUAUGCCUCCUCCAAAUGGUGUCUUGAUGAACUGGUGGAGAUUAUGAACUGCAGAGAAGAGUUGGGUCAAACUGUAAUGGCUAUUUUCUACAGAGUUGAUCCAUCUGAUGUGAAAAAGCUAGCUGGAGAUUUUGGGAGAGUCUUUAGAAAAACUUGUGCUGGUAAAACAAAGGACAACAUUGGGAGAUGGAGACAAGCUUUGGCAAAAGUGGCUACAGUCGCUGGCUAUCAUUCAAGCAACUGGGAUAAUGAAGCGGCCAUGAUCAAGAAAAUCGCCACUGAUAUCUCAAACAUGCUGAAUAGUUUCACACCAUUGAGUGAUUUCGACGGGUUAGUUGGUAUGGGAGCUCAUUUGGAAAAGAUGGAACCAUUGUUAGGACUAGGCUCAGAUGAGGUGAGGAUGAUUGGGAUCUGGGGUCCUCCUGGGAUUGGGAAGACCACAAUCGCUAGAGUAGCAUACAACCAACUCUCCGAGGGUUUUCAACUGAGUAUCUUUAUGGAUGAUAUCAAAGUAAACUAUUCAAGACUGUGUUCAGAUGACUACAGCGCAAAGUUGCAACUACAGCAACAAUUUAUAUCUCAAAUAACCAACCAUAAGGAUAUGGUUGUUUCUCAUUUGGGAGUCGCCUCAAAUAGGUUGAAGGACAAGAAAGUUCUUGUUGUUCUUGAUGGCGUGGACCGGUCAGUACAACUGGAUGCCAUAGCGAAAGAGGCUUGGUGGUUUGGUCCCGGGAGUCGGAUUAUUAUAACAACACAAGAUCAUAAACUUUUUAGAGCACAUGGAAUUAACCAUAUUUACAAGGUGGAUUUUCCAACAAACGAUGAGGCUCUCCAAAUCUUUUGUACGUAUUCUUUUGGUCAAAAGUUCCCUAAAGAUGGUUUUGAGGAGCUUGCUCGGGAAGUUACAAAACUUGCUGGUGAACUCCCUUUGGGGCUAAGGGUAAUGGGUUCCUACUUUCGGGGAAUGUCCAAGCAAGAGUGGAUAAAUUCGCUACCAAGAUUAAAGACUAGCCUCGACUCUGAUAUUCAAAGCAUUUUGAAAUUCAGCUAUGAUGCUUUGGAUGAUGAAGAUAAAUACUUGUUUCUUCAUAUAGCCUGCUUCUUCAACUCUCAAAAGAUUCACAAAGUGGAAGAGCAUCUUGCGAAGAAGUUCUUGGAAGUGAGGCAAAGACUUAACGUUUUAGCUGAGAAAUCUCUCAUAUCUAUUGAGUCAGGAUAUAUCAAGAUGCAUAGUUUGCUGGAAAAACUAGGUAGAGUAAUUGUUUGUAAGCAAUCUAUUCAUGAGCCUGGACAGCGCCAGUUUCUGUUCGACGAUAUAGAAAUUUGUGAAGUACUGACUGGUGAUGCAAUGGGUAGUAAAAAUGUCAUAGGCAUGAAGCUCGACUACUACAAAAUAAAGGAAGAAUUAGAUAUAAGUGAUAAAGCCUUUGAAGGAAUGUCAAAUCUUCAAUUCCUAAAAGUCUAUGGUUAUAGUGAUGCAUUGCAAUUAACUCGAGGUCUGAACUAUCUACCUCGUAAACUUCGAUUACUAGAGUGGAGUCGUUUUCCAAUGAGAUAUUUUCCUUCUACCCUGAACUUGGAGUUCCUUGUAGAACUAACUAUGCGUCACAGCAAGCUUGAGAAGUUGUGGGAAGGAAUUAAACCGCUUCGAAGUUUGAAGUGGAUGAAUUUGAGUUAUUCUGUAAACUUGAAGGAGCUUCCUGAUCUCUCAACUGCCACCAGGCUUAAGAAAUUAAAUCUGAAUGCUUGUUCCAGUCUAAUGAAGCUCCCGCCUGCUAUUGGAUAUGCCAAUAAUCUUGAAGUAUUGAAUCUUCGUAAUUGCUCGAGUUUAAUCAAACUCCCUUGCUUGGCUAGAAAUGCCACGAGUCUGGAGAAACUAUAUAUUGGUGGAUGCUCAAGUCUUGUGGAGUUUCCCUCCUUUAUUGGGAAUGCCGUUAAUCUCCAAAAAUUGGAUCUUAGUAGUUUCCCAAAUCUGUUGGAGCUCCCUUCCUAUGUUGGGAAUGCCACCAACUUGGAGAAGUUGUGUCUUAAUAAUUGCUUAUAUGUAGUGGAACUUCCUCUCUCGCUUGGAAACCUUCAGAAGUUGCAGAAACUGAUAUUAAAAGGAUGCAAUAAGCUAGAGUUUCUUCCCAGCAACAUCAACUUGGAAUCUUUGGAGAAACUUGAUCUCUCUGGAUGCUCAAGUCUUGAUCUCGCCGGAUUAUCCAUCAUCGAAAAUGCCGUCAAUCUCCAAACACUGGACAUAAGCAGACUACCACAACUGCUGGAGCUCCCUUCCUUCAUCAGGAAUGCCACUAAUCUAGAAGACUUCAACCUUAGUGGAUGCUCAAAUCUGGUGGAACUUCCUCUUUUCAUUGUAAACCUUCAAAAGUUGAAGAUGCUGAGAUUAGAAGGAUGCGGUAAGCUAGAGGUCCUUCCCACCAACAUCAACUUGGAAUCUCUGGAUGUACUUAAUCUCUCUAAUUGCUCCAUGUUGAAAAGUUUUCCUCAGAUCUCCACAAACAUUAGAGCUCUCGACCUCAGGGGGACUGCAGUAGAAGAAGUGCCUCCCUCGAUCGUUUCAUGGCCUCGUCUUGAUCAGUUGCAGAUGUCAUACUUUGAAAACAUCAAGGAAUUUCCUCAUGCUCUCGAAAGAAUCACAUGGCUGUGCUUGACCGACAGGGAGAUACGAGAGAUUCCUCCGUGGGUCAAGAACAUAUCUCGUCUGAAUGAAUUUGUGCUCAAGGGAUGCCGAAAGUUGGUAUCAGUCCCACCGAUUUCGGAGUCUAUCUACUUCGUGGAUGCAAGAGACUGCGAGUCCCUAGAGAUGCUAGAGUGCUCCUUUCACAAUCCACAUGUUUGGCUCUACUUUGAUAACUGCUUCAAACUGAAUCAAGAAGCAAGAGACCUCAUCAUCCAGAACAGUGAGAAUGCAGUCUUGCCAGGUGGACAAGUGCCUGCAUACUUCACUCAUCGAGCUACUGGUGGAGGUCCAUUGACAAUCAAGUUGAAUGAAAAGUCUCUUCCAAAAUCCAUGAGUUUUAAAUUUUGCAUCCUGCUGGUUAAUAAAGGUGUCGUCGAUGAUGCUUGCUUUAAAGAGAAAUCAACGGAAGUGGAGGUUUUGUAUAGAAAUAGAAGCCAUACGCUAACUUAUCAGCCUUUAGAAGAACAUUUGUACAUAUUCCAGUUCAGAGAGGAGGUUACUUCCAGCGAGCUUCUCUUUGAGUUCAAGCUGAAAAGCGAUGACGAAGUUUGGCAGAUAGGAGAAUGCGGGCUAGUCCAACACAUGGAAGUCCCCUCAUGUUGAGAUGAUUGCUUGAGAGCAGGGUGGAUUUAGAAAAUAAUUUGUAUAAACACUCUACUUUGCAGAACGAGAACCAGAUGCUUAGACAAUGUACGAUUUAUCUAUCUCACCAUUGAUUUUAGUCUGCAAUGUCAAUGAUUGAACAUAUGUUAAGA